AUGAGCGCCUCGGAGCUCACCCACGAGGCGCUCCGCGUCGCGAACACCAAGGCCGCGGCCCGCCGGCGCGCGUCCCGCGUCCGCGAGGCGCGCGGCGCGUCGUUCAAGUACCUGCUCCGCCAGUCGGGCCUCUACGAGUUCUUCAAGGACGGCUUCUUCGACAAGGGCGACGACGAGCCCGUCGCCGAGGCGCCGGCCGCGGGCAAGGCCGGCAGCCGCCGGAGCUCCGGCUCGAAGAGCAAGCCCCACGAGGACGAGCGCGUCGUCGACGACGACGACGCGCCGCCCGACUUCCUCCAGGUCCAGCCCGCGUGCAUCACGGGCGCCAUGCGGCCCUACCAGCUCGCCGGCGCGUCGCGCCGCGUCCCCGAUGCGCGCCGCCGGCGAAAAAACAAACCGUCGCUGUUUCCUUUAGGCCUCAACUGGAUGAUCCGGCUCCGGAACAACGGGCUCAACGGCAUCCUGGCGGACGAGAUGGGCCUCGGCAAGACGCUCCAGAGCAUCUCCAUGCUCGGCUACCUCCACGAGUUCAAGCGCAUCAACGGCCCCCACCUCGUGCUCGUGCCCAAGACGACGCUCUCGAACUGGAUGAACGAGUUCCGGCGGUGGCUGCCGGCGCUCACGGCGUUCAAGUUCCACGGGUCCAAGGAGGAGCGCGGCUACAUGACGUCGGGCAUCCUCGUGUCCGAGCCCCGCGCCUGGGACGUCGUCGUGACGACCUACGAGGUCGCGAACCUCGAGAAGACGGCGCUCGCGAAGAUCGCGUGGCGCUUCGUCAUCAUCGACGAGGCGCACCGCAUCAAGAACGAGAACGCGCAGCUCUCCAAGACCGUGCGGCUCCUGAGGACGGAGAACCGGCUCCUCAUCACGGGCACGCCCCUCCAGAACAACCUGCACGAGCUCUGGGCGCUGCUCAACUUCCUGCUGCCCGACGUCUUCCAGUCCGCGGAGCGCUUCGACGACCUCUUCGACCUCCAGAUCGACGACGCGGACGCGAAGCAGCGGCUGAUCGGCCAGCUCCACAAGCUCCUGCGGCCCUUCGUGCUCCGCCGCCUCAAGGCCGACGUCGAGAAGUCGCUGCCGCCGAAGAGCGAGACGAUCCUCUUCACUUCCAUGACGGCGACGCAGCGCGACGUCUACAAGCAGUGCCUGCUGCGCGAGAUCGACGUCGUCCAGGGCGGGUCGGGCAAGGGCGGCGGCCGCACGGCCGUGCUGAACUUGGUCAUGCAGCUCCGCAAGUGCUGCAACCACCCCUAUUUGUUCCCGAACGUCGAGGACCGGUCGCUGCCCGUGCUGGGGGAGCAUUUGGUCGGCGCCUGCGGCAAGCUCGUGCUGCUGGACAAGCUGUUGACGCGGCUCAAGGACAAGGGCCACCGCGUGCUCAUCUUCAGCCAGAUGACGCGCAUGCUCGACAUCCUGGAGGACUUCAUGGUCAUGCGCGCGUACGACUACUGCCGCAUCGACGGCAAGACGGCCCACGAGCUCCGCGAGGAGUACAUCGACGCCUACAACGCCCCGAACUCGGAGAAGUUCGCCUUCCUCCUGUCGACGCGCGCGGGCGGCCUCGGCAUCAACCUCCAGACCGCGGACACGUGCGUGCUCUACGACAGCGACUGGAACCCGCAGGCGGACCUCCAGGCCAUGGACCGCUGCCACCGCAUCGGCCAGACGAAGCCCGUCCACGUCUACCGCCUCGUCACGGAGCACAGCGUCGAGGAGAAGGUCGUCGAGCGCGCGCAGCAGAAGCUGAAAUUGGACGCCGUCGUCACCGACGAGCUGCUCCACGCCGUGCGCUUCGGCGCGGACAAGGUCUUCCGCGGCGGCGGCGACGCGAGCGAGCUCAGCGACCUGGACAUCGACGCGAUCAUCGCGCGGGGGCGGACGCGGACCGCGGACCUGGAGGCGCGGCUCGAGGCGUCGGAGAAGGGCGACAUGCUCGACUUCAAGCUCGACGGCGGCAUGGCGACGCAGCAGUGGGAGGGCGUCGACUACGCCGCCGUCCAGGACCAGAAGAAGCGCGGCCUCGACGCGAACCCGGGCAAGGGCUCCGUCUUUUUGGUCGACACGGGCAAGCGCGAGCGGAAGCGGCCCGCGCAGGACUCGAUCUACGCGACGGACAAGAUGAUCUCGGAGCACCUGGACCUGCACCCCAAGCGCAAGAAGGCGCGCGGCGAGGGGAAGGACGAGGAGGAGGAGAAGGAGACGUUGCUGCGCAUGCCCGCGCACCUGCGCUUACCGAAGAUGGACGACUUCCAGUUCUUCGAGGGCCGCGAGCGGCUCUACCAGCUCCACGCCGUCGAGGAGGCGCGCUUCGCCGACCUCCAGUCGACGCCGGAGAAGAAGGCCGCGCUCGCCGCGGACCACGCGGCGCUCCGCGGCGGCCUGCAGCUGCUCGACGCGAAGGACCAGAAGGAGAAGGAGACGCUCAUGACCCGGGGCUUCACGACGUGGACGAAGCAGCACUACACGCUCUUCCUCCGCGCGUCGGCGCGCCACGGCCGCGACGCCUACGACCGCAUCGCGGCGGAUCUGUACGGCAAGUCCCCGCGCAAGUCCGCGGCCGAGGUCGCGCGCUACGCGGCCGUCUUCUGGAAGCGGGGCGCGUCCGUCUUCGCGCCGUCGGACUGGGACCGCAUCUCGCGCGCCGUGGAGAAGGGCGAGAAGAAGCUCGAGGAGAUGGACGGGCUCAUGGCCGCGACGCGGAAGUUCGUCGAGCUGUUUGCGCGCGACCCCUCGGACCUCCAGUUCCGCUUCGCGUCGACGGCCGCGGGCCUGCCCCAGUUCCCGGGCCUGCCGAGCCGCGCCGACGAGGAGCGCGUGCUCUUGCAGCUGGUCUGCGAGCACGGCUACGGCAACUGGCGCCGCAUCCGCGCGGACUUUCGGUCGCGGCCCGAGUUCCAGUUCGACUGGUUCCUCCGGUCGCUCGACGCGGAGGCCGUGGGCAAGCGCUGCGAGGCGCUCAUGCGCGCGGCGGAGAAGGAGUACGCCGAGCUCGAGCGGCGCCACGAGGCCUACGUCGCCGCCGUCAACGCCCUCGCGGCCGCGCGCCAGGGCGCGCCGCGCGACCCGGAGACCGGAAAGCCGCUGAGCCAGCCCGAGCGCGUCGCGCGCAUGUUCGAGAAGAUGGCCGACGACCACAAGAAGCAGGCGGACCUGCGCAACGAGCUCAAGGCCCAGAAGCUCGCCAAGUCCGCGGAGCAGCGCGCGCUCGCCAAGGGCGCCGCGCGCGCGGCGGCCGCCGCGCCGCCGCCGCCGCGCCGGCCGGAGGUCGCCGCGGCGCCGCCGCCGGAGAAGCGGCCCCUGGCGCCGGACGCGCCGCACGCGCCGCCGCGGAAGCGGCCCUUCAAGCCCGCCGGCGACGCCGCGUCGCCGCGGAGCGAGCCGGAGCACCCGGCCGCCGCGGCCGCGCCGGGCCCGGGCGAGGCGCCGAAGAAGCCGCGGAGCGCGCUGCGCUGCUUCAUGCGCAACCACGUCCGCGAGCUCCGCAAGAAGCACCCGGGCGCGCCCGAGGCCCAGCUCAAGCAGAUCCUCACGGCCAUGUUCGAGAAGGCGCCGCCGGAGGAGCGCCGCGAGAUGGAGCGCCGCUCCGAGCUCGACAAGGUCCGCUACGAGCGCGAGUACGCCGAGUACCUCGCCAAGGGCGGCGCGGCCGAGUAG